GCGUUGCCGACGGACCUGGAAAGAUAGGGUCAACGCAACUGACUCAACGGAAAGCAUUUCAAAGCUCGCAAGUGAAGAGUUAAAAGUACUUUUCUUACAUCUCCUUGUCGAGGGUAGGGGUAGUUACCCCUCUUGGCGUAUAUAUACCCCCCCAAUUCGGUCAAUUUCCCUCACUCAACACAAACAUGAAUAUACCAACAACCAACUUAUCCAAACCACCGGUUACCUGUUCGCCAUCACAAUUGCAAUGGCACUAUCCGUCACGGUCUUCGUAAAGGACAUCCUCACUCUCAUCACAUUCCGCGCGCCAUCUGCUGACGCACCGGAAUAUCCUCGCAUUGCCGUUAUGGUCAAGGUCGAAGUCACCACCACACAAUACUCGACGAUUGAACCUUCGUCGUCGGUAUUCUCCAACUCUACUUUGAUUAAAGUAUCAUCGGAAUGCUACAGCGGCACACGAAUAGGCAAGCGUAACUGCUUGUCCUAAAUUAUACAAUAUUGAUUAACGGUCGACAUCACUACCAAGACUGUCAACGAUAGCCCUUUCUCCGUGCAAAGAUGAUUGUCUUAUCAAUCAGCACCCUCGCGUAUAUGAUUCCAUUCCCUCAUAGUCGAGGAUUCGGAUUGUACGACAGGCUCAAUAGUCACGUCGUGCGAGCCAGACACGUCUAUUUCUACUUAAGGAUGGAGAAUAUGUCCAGUGGGCGAGGAAGUAGAUUAAGGCAUUAGACACCAUGAUCAAUCAUACAGGUCAUUGCAGUCGUUAUAGUUCUGUCGCAUACUAUACAAUCUGUUUUGCAUAUUUCGAUAUGUUCAAACCUUGUUUUCGAAAUAGUGUCAUAUGAAAAGAAUUU